AUGUCGUCAUCUUCACAGACUACGGGCGCGGCGCGUCUACUUCAGCGACAGUUUAAUGAGAUGCGCAAGUCCAAAGACCUCUCUGGCGUCUCUGUCGGUCUGGUCAAUGACAACAAUGUCUUUGUGUGGCAAGUCGGCAUCAUGAUCAAUGAUGAUUGCAAGUACUACGGCGGCGGCUGUUUCAACGCGACCCUAAGCUUCCCGCCCGAAUACCCGCACAUGCCGCCCAAGCUCGUCUUUCAGACGCCGGUCCCGUUCCACCCCAACAUUUACGCCAACGGGGAGCUGUGCAUCUCGAUCCUGCACCCGCCCGAGGAGGACAAGUACGGGUACGAGAGUGCCGCAGAGCGCUGGAGCCCCGUCCAGACCCCCGAGACCAUCCUCGUCAGCGUCUUGUCCCUGUUCAACGAACCCAACGACGAGAGCCCCGCCAACCUCGACGCCGCCAAGCUCCUGCGCGAGGAGCGCGAGGGCAAAAAUAAGGAUUUCCGCCGUCGGGUGCGCAAGUGUGUUCGCGAGAGUCUGGGCGAGGACUGA